AUGAUUCAAGCGACAAAAGAUGUUACUGCGAAACUUGAGAUGGAGGAUUUCAGUGAAUUGCAAAAGGUCUCCGAAUCUCUUUUGAAUGAGAGAACCACUUUAGUUAAUGUGGAGUAUGAGAACACUGAUAUUCAAUAUGACGUGGAAAGCCAAUACAUGCCACCAUCUAUAUAUAAAUGUAUGUACACUUUAUAUUUCACACCAAGACCUUUGGAAGGCGUUUUUAGAUGUUGUGCUGAAGCAAAGGCACUUCCAUGGUAUAAUAAACUUAUUGGUGGGAUGGACUAUCAAUGUGUCAAAACAAACGUAUUGACUGGCGUCAUAAGAGACUAUGUCAAACAAAGUGGUUCACUUUGGCAAACAAACGUUCUGUCACCCUUACUUGAAGUUACUAAGAAGUACACCGGAGACGACAAUGUGUGGGUAGAAGAAGUUGAAAGGAUGAC